ACUUGGACACUUUAUGAAUUGAUGGUAAUCGGGUGACCACGUCAGACUUUCGGACAUCUUGCAAAAUCAAUUCGUGUAUAUAAAGCAAAUCAGUGGGAGGAUCUACCAAAAGCAAUGAAGCUAUAGCUACACGCUGCUAUAGAGGUAUUUUCAGUGAGCUGGCCUACAUCAUGAGUACUUCUAAUGAUAAGCUAUCAUCACGAGUGAAGAAAGGUGCAUGGACUCAAGAAGAAGAUGUUCUAUUGAGAAACUGCAUAGAAAAGUAUGGAGAAGUAAAGUGGCAUCGAGUUCCUGUGAGAGCUGGAUUGAAUAGAUGCAGGAAGAGUUGCAGACUAAGGUGGUUAAAUUAUCUAAGGCCACAUAUAAAGAGAGGGGACUUCAAUUUUGAUGAAGUGGAUCUCAUGUUGAGGCUACAUAAGCUUUUAGGCAACAGAUGGUCACUUAUAGCUGGUAGACUUCCUGGAAGAACAGCAAAUGAUGUCAAAAAUUACUGGAACACUCAUCUUCGUAAGAAAUUAAUUGCAUAUCAUGGUAAAUUAGAGCAACAACAAGAGAGGAAGCACAAAAAAGACGUGAAGAACAACACCAUAAUUAGACCUCGACCUCGAACCUUCUCAGGGACAAUUAUAAGCACUACGUGUGUUAAAUGUAAUAACACAAACAGUACUUUACAUAAUAAGGAUGAAUUAGAAGGCAGCCAAAAAGUAGUAAUAACUUUUGGUGUUCAGAAUAAUUCGAAGCCGACAACAACUGAUGAAGAAGAAUUGACAGAAGAUGGAAUUCAAUGGUGGGCCAAUUUACUAGCUAACAACAACAGCAACAUGAUCACUGUAAUUCCACAAGUGGGGUCUGGGGAGAGUAUAGUGUACGCAGACCCUAUCCCUAGCUUGGAAGGUGGAAAGGUUAUUUCUGGUAGACCCUCGACUCAAGGAAAAGACAUUCAAAACAGUCCAGAUUUACUAACUAACAACGACAACAAUGAGAUUGAUAAUAAUAAUAAUAAUAAUAAUAAUAAUAAUAAUAAUAAUAAUAAUAAUAAUAAUAAUAAUUCACCAACUUCGUUGUACGAGGAAAUGGCACUUCCAUUGGUAAAUAAUGUUGAGAGCAACAUCUACAUGCAGGAAGGAGAAAGUAGCCUAAGUGACUUUUCUUUUGAUAUUGACAUUUGGGAUCUACUUAAUUAAAAGGCUCAAUACAGUACAGAAACGGGUGUAUGAUUUAAAGUAUUAUAAUAGGUUUAACUUAUAAGAUUUAUAGCACUGGAUAUAUUCAUUGUACUUGUAAAAUUAUUGAUAUCAAUAUUGUUAUUGUUAUUGUUAUUC